AUGUUGGCUUCGAAGACAACAUACCCACCUGCCUUGGGUCUCUCUGCUUCCCAGGCGACCCCUUCAUAUCAAUCGACAGGCUUUCUUCGAACCGAAACUCCGUCGCUCGCAAGCGACGCGGGGCUUUUUGUUUCGCCCACCGAAUCCGAGUUCUCAGAUGUCCAUGAUAGAUUAGAUUCAGUCCGAUCGUGGGAUGAGCAAAAGGUCGCCGAAUGGCUGCACAGUAUAAGAUGUGGGCAGUAUGAGCCGCUGUUCAAGGCAAAUAAUUUUAACGGGGAUAAUUUGCUCGAAUGUGAUCAGAAGAUCCUCCAGGAGAUCGGAAUCAAGAAGAUUGGUGACCGGGUCCGUAUUUUUGUCGCUAUCAAGCAAUUAAGAAAUAAAACUAUCAUCAGCCGCAAGCCGCACAGUCUAGACCCUCUUACUGCCCUCGAAGCUACGACCUACACACCUUUGUCGACUUUAUCAACUGAUGCUUAUUCUUCCUCGACUUCCCGCAGCCAAACCCAUCCAGGCAAUAAACGGUGGUCUCGUCAACUAGAUUCCCUGGGUGGCAGAUCUACAUCGCGUCCUUCGUCUCCUCUAACCACAGAGGAUAGAAUACGAGCAUUCCGAUACAAUACUAGCCCAGUAGACGGCUCGCGACGAGAGGGUGGUCCGGGAUAUUUCAGUCAUCCGUCUUCCGCUGGAUCGGGGCACCGCUCAGCUACUUCUGGCGAUGCUUCACAGUCAUUGCACUUGAGACAAAACCCAAGCAUUGAUGGCUUGACGAUAGGCUCUCUCCCCGCAAACUCUCACGUCAUUCGGGUAAUCUAUACUGGCGGACAGACAAAGGCUAUGAACGUCAAAAAUUGCAAGUCGGCGGACGAAAUAUUGCUUUAUGUGCUCAGAAAACUACAGCUUCCAGAGUAUCAAUAUCGCAACUAUUGCUUCUAUGUCUUAGAUGGCCUGGAACCAAACCCAGCAAAUUGUAGACGGGUGACCGAUUCUGAAUUAAUGAGAAUCUGCGAGGGCUCGCAGAAAUCAGAACGCGGCCGUCUCAUUCUACGAAAAAUCCACGCUGGGGAGCCUGAUGCCGACGAACUUCGCCGUGCAGCUCAGCUCGCUCUCGAUGAGAGUCAGGCAACUCAUCUCAACGCUUUGAGCAGCUCUAAUCCCCGCAACCAACUCAAAAUCCAGCAACUGACAGGAGAGCCGUGGCACAACAUAAAGCAACCAAUCUCUCCGCUGACGUCUUCGAGGCAUAUCCCAAAUGAUGACCAUGAUGCUUCUCCCACGUCUUCUGUCAUGGAGCGUCCAUCUGCGUCAAAGCUGCGCUCUUUCUUUGGUGCCCGGCCUCCGAGUGAAAUGAUUAUUCACGAGUUGACUUCGUAUUUCCCGAGUCAUCAGCGAGAGGACAUUGAGAAAACGAUGCGUCUUUCUGUGCGAAGAUCCCAGCGAUUGAGUCGAGCUGCGAGCCGCCUCAGCGUUGUCAGUAACAUCAGUUUUGCAUCAAGCUUGAAGGACGCACCACCCAUUCCCAGCAUUGCCGACACAUGGCUUACUGGAGGCCAAGCUGCGCGCCCGUCACGACCGUUAUCAGUCGUGAGACCUCAUCUUCCUCAGGCCUCGUAUCGAGAUUCGAUUGCUUCGAGUUCGUUGCAGCCACUCCAAGAAGAGUCUCCAAUUGAACCAUCACCAAUUGAACCAGAUCGCAAGUCUUACGUAUCGUUCGGAAGUACGUCCGACCCUAUGGUUGGUGACACGAUGUCAAACCAAAGGAGCUUCCUCGAUGAAACAUUAAGUGUCGCAGCCACUGAUGGCGGAGGCUCCCUGAAUGAACGCCUGAGUAUGAUCGUAGCCGAUGACGGCGAGGAAGAGGACGUCGGCCUCGCAGACUUCUUGGCAGGGGACAACUUUGCGGCCAAGAACUGGAUGAAAGGUUCUCUCAUUGGUGAAGGCUCAUUUGGAAGUGUCUACCUCGCUCUGCACUCAAUCACUGGUGAGCUCAUGGCGGUGAAGCAAGUUGAACUCCCGUCGGCGACCAAAGGCACGGAGUUUGACAAGCGGAAGAACACCAUGGUUACAGCCCUGAAGCAUGAGAUUGAGCUUCUUCAAGGACUGCACCAUGCCAACAUUGUCCAAUACCUCGGUACCUCCGCGGAUGACCACAACCUGAACAUUUUCCUAGAAUACGUGCCUGGAGGUUCGAUUGCCGAAAUGCUCAAACAAUACAACACCUUCCAAGAGCCCUUGAUCAAGAACUUUGUCCGUCAGAUUCUCGCGGGCUUAUCUUACCUACAUAGCCGGGAUAUCAUCCACCGUGAUAUCAAGGGUGCCAACAUCCUCGUAGACAACAAAGGCGGAAUCAAAAUCUCAGAUUUCGGUAUUUCAAAGCGCGUGGAAGCAUCCGCCAUGCUGGGAUCGAGCGCAGUCAGUGGCAAGGGCCAUCUGCACCGCCCCUCUCUCCAAGGAAGUGUCUACUGGAUGGCCCCCGAAGUCGUGCGACAAACAGCACAUACCAAAAAGGCCGACAUCUGGAGUCUGGGCUGUCUGAUUGUGGAAAUGUUCAUCGGCGCUCACCCGUUCCCCGACUGCAGUCAGUUACAAGCUAUAUUCGCCAUUGGUAACAAUCAAGCUCGACCACCGGCGCCUGAGCACGCCAGCAAGGAAGCUCGUGCAUUCUUGGAUGUUACGUUUGAAAUCAAUCACGAGAAACGGCCUAGUGCUGAUGACUUGUUAGAAAGUCCUUUCCUUGCUGCGUCCGUUGCAUGA